ACAAGGAGUUGAGCACCUGCUGUAUCCAGCAUUAGACUCCAGGUACAGCAGGUCUAAAGUUUUAUUGCAGAGGACCAUCAUCAUGACCCCAGCGUUCUUCUUUCUCCUCUUCCUCUCCAUGGCAGCGGCUUCUCUGGGCGCACUUAAUGACACUGGAAAUCCAAUUAAAGAGUCUAAAGAUGUCUCUAAAAUCAUUGCAAGAGCCAACGUGAACACAAACCCGUCCUUGAUACAUGGUGACAUUAUGCCAACUAGGAGCAGGAAUGCAGUCCCAUGCACAGCUGCAGGAUGCACAUGGCCCAAGACAGGAGCCAAUGUCUUCGUGCCUGUCAGCUUCUCCCCUGCCUACAGCCCUGCAGAUCGCGACAUCAUCAAUAAAACCCUGAUGACCUUCCACAAAUCCACCUGCAUUCGCUUUGUCCAGAAGGCUGCUUCACACUCUGAUUACCUCUACUUCUUCUCAGGAAAUGGGUGUUGGUCCUACCUGGGCCGUCAGGGUGGAAAUCAAUCUGUCUCCCUACGGAAAAACGGCUGUUUGUACCAGUCCACGGUGCAGCACGAGGUUCUCCACGCUCUGGGCUUCCACCACGAGCAGGUCCGAUCUGACAGAGACCAAUACAUUCAGAUCCUCCCCCAGAACAUUGAACCAGGACAAGAACCCAACUUUGAAAAGGUGAAAACUAACAACCUGAGGACUCCCUAUGACUUCAACUCUGUCAUGCAUUACGACAAAUAUGCCUUCUCAAAAAAUGGGCAACCAACCAUUGUUGCCAAGUCCAAUCCUAACCUCAAUUUUGGAACUGCCAGACAAAUGAGCGCCAAUGACAUCGCCCGUGUCAACAGGCUAUAUGGAUGCUAACUCAGUGGCAUGAAGGAGUGGGCCUCCGGAGACCUCAGAGAUCCAAAUUUGUCCUCUUGCAAGGUUGUAACCUCUGUCCUCUAGCAUGUGGAUAAAUAAAUAAAUAGUUGAUCUGACUUUCUUAGAAGCCUGGAUCAAAACAAUAAUGAUAAUAAUAAUUAAACUAUUUGUUUUUACCUUAAAAAGUUGCUUAAUAUUCAUUAUAGAAGACAGACUGCAGAGCCACCUGCUGGAUGAAGAUGGUAUCACACCUCCAACCUUAUAGCCCUCUAGUAACUAUUUCUCAUUAAUUUUUAAGUAACUGUAAUAGGAUUAUUUACAGCUGCUCAUCUCUGUAUUGCUUUGGUGUUGGUUGAGUCAUUCCUUCUUCUUGUCAUCUGAAAUAAAUAAAAAUGGGUGCACAUUGCCCAAAAUGUCA